UUAUCAGUUCGAGUUCGAGGCUUCGUAAAAUGAAAUGAUGUAAAAUAUCUUUAUCUUUCGCGUUUGACGUUUUUGCUUGAAUUUUUAAACAUUUUACGUUCGUUUUACACCUUUAAAUCGAUAUUUCAAUGCGCCACUUGCUCGUUUCGCGUUAUUAACCAAUCUCAGUGUAAUUCCACCCAACUCUAGCAUCUUAAUUUCGUCCGAAAUUCACAUGAGUCGAGUGGUUAUCAGCUCCAGUAAGUGUUAUGGCACUAAAAUUGCACAACAGAAUUCACGCGGAGAAGUUGCUCUCGUUUCUGAACAGUUCUCGGGUCUCUCGUUUCAAUAAAUCAUGCUACCAAUGCACUCGAUCUAUCCAAACCAACGCCAGAGUGCUAACGAAAUGGCCAACUUUAUGCCAAGAUGAUGAAUCCUUCGCCUUCGGUCCCUUCUCUCGGGACAGAUUCAACGGCCGAUUAAUCGCUUCUUCCGGUGGUCUGCUAUCUAGACCUUAUAGUUCUCAAAAUCCUCAAGAUGACGGAUCUAAUAAAUCGAUUAUAUCGGAAGAUGAAGUAUUGGAUGUGACUGAGGCUGAUUUCCCCGUCACGCAUUCUCUACCUGCGGCUGUAGUUGUGCCGGAACAUUGGCCUAAUGUGCCUUUGAUCGCUGUGUCGAGGAAUCCGGUGUUUCCGAGGUUUAUUAAGUUAUUAGAGAUUACACAUCCUCCGUUGAUUGAUUUAAUCCGAAGGAAAGUUAAAUUCAACCAGCCUUACGCCGGAUUAUUUCUCAGGAAGGAUAAAGAAAACGAUUCUCAAGUAAUCAACGACCUAAACGAUGUCUACAACGUGGGUACUUUCGUUCAAAUACACAAAAUACAAGAUCUCGGUAAUAAACUACGACUGGUUGUGAUGGCUCAUCGUCGAAUUCGAAUCACCGGCGAGAUCAGCGACCUCCAAGUACCCAUUAAAAAGGUACGUAUAAAGUACCCGUUAUCUAACACCUUCGUGGACGUUGUUGUAGACGAUUCGAAUCGAAAGAUCGUGAAAAGGUCACGUAUCAAGUGUACUGCGACUCCAUCUGUGCCUGCGGUCGAGUCCAGCCAAGAAGCUCCUUUUUCGAUCGAAGAUAUCGCUCAGACAGCUGAACCGAUCAUCGAACCAUCCGAUCCAACGGCGCAGACUGAACAAUCUCAGGAAGCUGUCAAACAGCCGGUUCUCAUGGUCGAGGUAGAGAACGUCCAGCAUGAUAAGUUUAGAAAGACUGAAGAAGUCAAGGCGUUGACUCAAGAAGUCAUUAAAACCAUUAGAGAUAUUAUCAGUAUGAAUACGCUGUAUCGAGAAACACUUCAGCAAAUGCUACAUCAAGGUCAAUCUGUGGUCGAGAACCCUGUUUAUCUGUCUGAUCUCGGUGCGUCGUUGACUGGUGCUGAACCUGAAGAAUUGCAGCAAGUUUUAGAAGAAACCGAUAUUCCAAAAAGACUGCUGCUUGCGUUGAGUUUGUUGAAGAAAGAAUACGAGUUGGGCAAACUGCAGCAGAAAAUCGGUCGCGAAGUCGAAGAAAAAGUCAAACAACAACAUCGAAAGUAUAUUUUAAUGGAGCAGCUGAAAAUCAUCAAGAAAGAACUAGGGCUAGAGAAAGACGAUAAAGAUGCCAUCGAAGAGAAGUUCAGAAGUCGAUUAAAAGAUAAAAAAGUUCCUCAACACGCCAUGGAAGUAAUCGACGAAGAAUUGAAUAAAUUAGGCUUUCUGGAGGCACAUUCGUCCGAAUUUAAUUUAUCGCGAAAUUACCUCGAUUGGUUGACGUUGUUACCUUGGGGAGUUACUACCGAAGAAAACUUAGACCUCGCUAAAGCCUCAGCUGUCCUAGAAGAAGACCAUUACGGAAUGGAUGAUGUGAAAAAACGUAUUUUAGAAUUUAUCGCCGUUAGUAUGUUGAAAAAAAGCACUCAGGGUAAAAUUUUAUGCUUCUACGGUCCUCCCGGCGUAGGAAAAACUAGUAUAGCUAAAUCUAUAGCCAGAGCAUUGAAUAGAGAGUAUUUCAGAUUCAGCGUUGGUGGUAUGACCGAUGUGGCUGAGAUUAAAGGUCAUCGUAGAACUUACGUCGGUGCCAUGCCCGGUAAAGCUAUCCAAUGCUUUAAAAAAGUAAAGACUGAAAACCCCCUGAUAUUGAUCGACGAAGUGGAUAAAAUUGGAAAGGGUUACCAAGGUGAUCCUUCGUCGGCAUUAUUGGAGAUGCUGGAUCCAGAGCAAAACGCUAAUUUCUUAGAUCACUAUUUAGAUGUCCCUGUCGAUCUUUCCAAGGUAUUAUUCGUGUGCAUAGCGAACAAUAUCGACACGAUACCGGAUCCGUUACGUGAUCGUAUGGAAAUGAUAGACGUAUCCGGAUACGUAGCCGAAGAGAAAGUCGCCAUCGCUAGGCGAUAUCUCAUUCCAACUGCGUUGAAAGAUUCCGGCCUGAAAGAAGAGCAAGUCCAGAUCAACGACGAUUCGCUGCUAUCGCUGAUCAACAGAGUACCGGUUCUUAUGAACCAAAUUUCGUUGAGACAGUUCUCAUCGUUAUCGUCACGUGAUGAUGAAAUGAAAGAACUCAAAGAAAAGCUGGAAAAAAUGGAACAGUCCGAAAAGGUAGCAUUUUUGCUGAAUGAAGUACAGCUUUUAUUAAAAAAAGUCGAUACAUUGGAAGAUAGAAAUAAAAUCAACGAAGACUCUAUCAAAGCUUACGCGGACGGGCAAUUCGCUCUUGCUCCUCCCCGGGCUCGCCUGGAAAUCUUCAAAGCUGCCGGGAAGGCUAUGAGAAAUUUUGACCUCACGCCGCCUCCCGGUCCAGAUGCAGUAGUACCGGAGCCCGGGGAAAUACGCUAGUGCGUAUUUCCCGCCAUCAUCGGCCAGGACUCUUCGGUUGUUUUUAAGGAUAUUCAUCCAUGUAUCAUAACUAGAGGCGUACGAAGAGCGUCAACAGGCCAUGUAUCAUAUCGCGUAAUACCUGGAUCAUCAAAGAUGGAUAAAUUUGUCCCCUCGACGGUUAUUCAAAGUCUUCCUAUUUCGUUAUUCGCACCCGACCAACAUAUUUAUACCAACUUUUUUAACCAAUUAACAUACGUCGAUUGGCGACAAAUUUUAGAUAUUAAUGUAGAUUAUAAACUGGAUUUUAAUGUAUGUAGUAAAUUAAUACCUUACAUUUUUGGCGAUGAUUUGUAAAAUGUGUGAUUUUUUUGUUCGCUUGUGUUUUUUUUUUUCAGUUACAUUUGUGUGAUUAUUCUUAAAUUAAUUUUCAAUUCAAAUCAUUUAAUUUUUUUUUUAUCAUUCUUUCUUGUCAUCGAUAUUAUAUUUUAUACCUGAAGCAGGAUUACGAAUAAAAUCAAAUAAAAACCAA